GCAGGCCCCGCAGGCGCGGCCCGGCCCGGCCAUGCCGGCCAAGAGGAAGCCGGUGCUGCCGGCCCUCAACAUCGCCCCCAGCGCCGCCGAGGGGCCGAGCCCCGACGGUUCCGCCGAGGCAAACCUGGUGGACCUUCAGAAGAAGCUUGAGGAGCUGGAGCUGGAUGAGCAGCAGAAGAAGCGCCUGGAAGCUUUUCUCACCCAGAAAGCCAAAGUUGGUGAGCUGAAGGAUGAUGACUUUGAGAGGAUCUCUGAACUGGGGGCUGGCAACGGCGGCGUGGUCACCAAAGUGCAGCACAAACCCUCAGGGCUCAUUAUGGCACGGAAGCUGAUUCAUUUAGAAAUCAAGCCAGCCAUCAGGAAUCAGAUUAUCCGAGAGCUGCAGGUGCUGCAUGAGUGUAAUUCCCCAUACAUUGUGGGUUUCUAUGGAGCCUUCUACAGUGAUGGAGAGAUCUCCAUCUGCAUGGAGCACAUGGAUGGUGGCUCUUUGGAUCAAGUGUUGAAAGAAGCCAAAAGAAUUCCUGAGGAGAUCUUGGGGAAAGUCAGCAUAGCGGUUCUGAGGGGUUUGGCAUAUCUGCGAGAGAAGCACCAAAUCAUGCACAGAGAUGUGAAGCCUUCUAACAUCCUGGUUAAUUCUCGAGGAGAGAUUAAGCUGUGUGACUUUGGGGUCAGCGGCCAACUCAUUGACUCCAUGGCAAACUCUUUUGUGGGAACUCGGUCCUACAUGUCUCCUGAGCGGUUGCAGGGCACCCACUACUCGGUCCAGUCUGACAUCUGGAGCAUGGGGCUGUCGUUAGUGGAGCUGUCGAUCGGAAGGUACCCAAUCCCCCCGCCAGACUCCAAGGAACUGGAAGCAAUAUUUGGCCGUCCUGUGGUGGACGGGGCAGAGGGAGAACCUCACAGCAUCUCGCCGCGGGCCAGGCCCCCAGGACGCCCCGUCAGUGGCCAUGGGAUGGACAGCCGGCCUGCCAUGGCCAUCUUUGAACUGCUGGAUUAUAUAGUUAAUGAGCCACCUCCCAAGCUGCCGAAUGGAGUUUUCACACAAGACUUCCAGGAGUUUGUAAAUAAAUGCUUAAUUAAAAAUCCAGCAGAACGGGCAGAUCUGAAGAUGCUGAUGAGUCACACCUUCAUCAAACGCUCUGAGGUGGAGGAGGUGGAUUUCGCCGGCUGGCUGUGCAAAACGCUGAGGUUGAACCAGCCCAGCACACCCACCCGUGCUGCCAUGUGAGGGCCCAGCCAAGCCACUGCCUGGUGUCAGUACCUCUGCCUCUUGUCACCAUUUCCUUCUCCUCUCCAGGCCAUGACAGAACUGCCCUCCUCCCUCCCCCUCAGCCCCUCCUCGCCUCGCAUCCCAGCAGCAAAGCACCGGCCCCUCAGAAGCAUCUUUCUCGACUGCCCCCCAGCCCAGGCAGGGUGGGUUUCCUUUGAUGUGGAGGGGUUCCAGGCCUCUGCUCCAGCUCUUGGAGCUCCUGACACCUGGGAAACGUGGUGCUGCUUCGGUUAAUUUUUCUUUUCUUUUGUUUGGGCUUUUUGGUUUGGGUUGGUUUUUUUGUUUGUUUGUUUUUUGGGUUUGUUUUGUGGUUGUGUUUUUUGGGUUUUGGUUUUUUUUUCUUUUUUUUUUUUGAAACAUGUUCAC